UGAGGGCCAGAUGACGUGGCAGUGGCUUGUCUAUAUUUGGCUUUGAGGAAAAGAAGCAGAAAAAAAGCAGGCAGGCUAGAAGUUGUUUUUGAGGAAGUCUUUUUUUUUUUUUUUCCUUUCAUGCCACACAUUACAACACAUAUACAUACACACACACACACAAGAGAGAGACCCCACCUGGGCAGGUGGCUGUGAGCAGAGAUACCCCACGUUGUGUCUGAUCGUUGUAGGGUUGCUGAAAGAAGAAGUUGAGGUCCAAACAGACAAAUAAGUUUCUUUCCAUUCGUUUCUGGUGCAGCAGCAGUCAAGUUGGAACAGGAGCCUGUCUGUUCGCAGGCGGUGUUAUCAUUUUUAGAAACCUUGCCAGGACAGACGAUGAAGAGGGGGGUUUGCCCUGACCAGAAGCCUCGAGGCAGCCUCAGUCUCUCCUACCUUUCCCUUCUACUUACAGCAAUUACAGGCCUGUACCCGCAACUAUAAUAACGGUAUAAUGGGAUGGCAGCAGAGCAGCAAUAAAAGCCACCCCUGACAGAUUAACAGUCCUCUCCAAGUUCUGAGCUGUAAUUAACAAUGAGACCGAAGAGGAACAGAGAGGAAAGAAAGGGCCUAGAUUGAAAGCUAGAAAAGAUAAAGAUAAAAAGGGAUGGGCUUUGGAGUGAUUUAAUUAAAUUAGGAUAAGCCUUAAGCUAUGGGCACAAAGGAGCUAAAGCUGAAAAUGACUCUAACUAAGGCUGCAUUUAGAAAUCAACCUAUUUCUCAAUCAUCCAUUUUAUAAUUUUAAUAUUUAAAGAUUAAGUUUGACAUUUUGGGAAAUGAUGCUUUUUGGUUUUCUUGCGCAGAUGCUUACAACUCUCAUCUAUUAGCUUAGCAAAGAGACUGGAAACGAGGAGAAACAGCUAGCCUGGCUAAGAAAGAGGUAACAAUAUCCACCUACCAUCACCUCUAACGCUCAUUAAUUAUUAUACCGUAUUUGUUUUUAUUUGUACCAAAACCAAAGUGUAAAAAAAUGUUUUAUGGACAAAUAUGUGUCGGACUCUUCCUAACCUGGGACAAGUAACUUCUUCUCUCAACCGUUGUCCUGGCAACAGCUCAUAGCCAAUGUACUGUCUGUUUUGUUUUUUUGUUUGCAUUAAACAAACAACAUAUAACCUGUUGAUUAAUGAGCUUUAGAUUGAUAACUAUUCCUUUAAGGCUGAUGGUGCUCAGGGGGAUGUUUACCUGCAGGGAGAGGGUGGUGCAAGCAUUUUUGUGGAGGGAAGAAAUUGCAAAGUGUGUGUGUGUGUGUGUGUCUGGUGAGAGGAAGAUGGCUCUUGCCUACAUAAUCACACACUCCCUUCACUUUGGUGGCAGCCCGCACCACCACCAUCUCUCUCUCGCAUCCAGUCCCUCCCUCCCUCCCUCCCUCCAGCUCUUUCUGUCUGAGGCUCUGUGCUUCUUUCACAGAGGAUCUGCACAAUAAUGGAGUCACAUCGUGCAGCAGGUCUCAGUGUUUGCAGCAGAGCUUUCAGGCCAGCAGACAUCAGGCUGAGAGCUCAUUUAAACUGAGGAUCUGUAAUUUACUGUAACGCUUCCUCUCUUCUUUCUUUUUUUUUUAUAAAUUCACAGCACAAGGACUUCUUUCAUAUAUUUUCUGCGUCAUGUCUUUUUAUGUCGUCUGAGUUUUUCCGUGUUUUGAUGUUUAUGUGAGGGGGAUUAACGGGCCCACCAUGGUUUUUCCAACAUAAAUCAAUUUUUUUCCCCUAAGUUUCAGUGCAGACUGCUUUCUGUUUACCUAUAACAGGGAAUGGGAGGAUCUCAUUGGGUAUAUUUUUUUUAAAGCUGUAACUAGAUUUUGUGGAAGUGGUUAUGGGCCAGUUUUUCGCUCCACAGAUGGGUGUUUGGGAGGUGAAAGCACGGGAACCAUGCAGCUCCAGAUGAAGUGAACAGCUCAGGUUUUUGUUUGGAGGAUUUGCGACAUGGGCUGAGCUCCAGUGAUGACUCUUUUCUCCUAAAAAGCGAUUGAAUUGUACGAGGAUGGACGACGGAAAACGGAGACGGAUAAAACUUCAACUUAUCGGUUAGACUGUAAUUAAAUAUCUUCACACGCGGAAAGCGCGCACUCACCGGCACGGGACAACACCGGAGCCCCCGAGCGCACCAGACUGGGAUUAAAGUCUCACUAAAUUUCAGUUUUUUUUACAGUGGAGUUUGGUUGUAGUGAUACAUCAGUUCGGCGUGUAGAAGCAGUUUUCCUAGUACUGAUUUUUCUCCUAAAAGUUGCUGCUUUUAGAUUUAAUAAGUUAAAUUGAGACUCUAGAGAAUAAAGGAGAAUGUGUCUUUAUGUGUGUGGUGUUAAAAUAUGGAGGCGCAUGUAUGAACAAUGUUAUAAAAUCACCUUAGAAUAAACCUUAAGUCAGCAGAUGUGGAUUUUCUUUGCCACAGAAAGUGGUUUUGACCAAAAUAGCCUGCUAGAACUGGAUAUUGGAUCUUUUGGGCUUUUGUAUAUCACUCGAGAAGGUUUUGGAGACAUCGGUUUUACAUUUUAAACCACUUUACGCACAUAUUUCUUCACCCGAGGUUUAGAGACUCCGCUGUAGCUACGGUGACCUCAGGGAGUAUCUCAGUCCCUCCGUCUCCUCACCGGACAAUGUGGCUCCCCCGCCUCGCGCUGCUCCUGCUGCUGCUCCGGUUCUCCGGUGUGUUGCUGGUGGAGGGGAUCAACACGUGCCAGUCCAUCAACCUGGACAAGCAGAAGUCCCGCCGCAUCGAGGCGGUCCGCGGGCAGAUCCUCAGCAAGCUCCGCAUUCGCAGCCCGCCGGACGAGGACGAGGACCCGCCGGCUGGCUCGGUGCCCCCGGAGGUCAUACUGCUCUACAACAGCACGCGGGAGCUGCUGAAGGAGCGCGCGCGUCUGGCCGAGUCCGCGUGCGAGCGCGAGAGCAGCGAGGAGGACUAUUACGCCAAAGAGGUGCAGAGGAUCGACAUGCUGCCCCCCCGCACACACACAAAUGCGGUACAGCCGGCAGCCCCCAACCCCCACUACAGAGUCGUCCACUUUGAUGUCAGUGGAGUGGACCUGACCAACAGCACCCUGGUCAAGGCUGAGUUCAGGAUCUUCAGAGCUCCCAACCCGCAGGCCCGGGCCUCAGAGCAGAGAGUGGAGAUCUAUCAGCUGCUGAAACCAGAUGAGGAGAGCACCUCCACUCAGCGUUACAUUGACUCCCGCACCGUUCAACCCAAAGCGAAGGGAGCCUGGAUCUCCUUGGAAGUCACCGAAACCAUUAAGGAGUGGGUGUCAGAUCCAGAGAAUAAUCUUGGCCUGAAGCUGGGCGUCCACUGUCCCUGCUGCACCUUCGUCCCUUCCACCAACAACAUUGUUCCCAACAAGAGUGAGGAGCUGGAGGCUCUCUUUGCAGGUGUGGACGAUGAGAGGCUUCGUCAGAUGAGAAAGCCCGGGCAGGUUAAAGGCCAGGCAGAUUUCAGCACCAAGACGCCACACCUCAUCCUCACCGUGCUGCCCAGCGACCGAGUGGACAACCCAGCAAAGAAGAACCGCAAGAAGAGGGCGGCCGCCACAGACACCACAACCUGCUCCCGCGGCUCGGAGCAGGGCUGCUGCCUGCGCUCGCUCUACAUCGACUUCAGGCGUGACCUCAACUGGAAAUGGAUCCAUGAGCCCAAAGGUUACAAAGCCAACUUCUGUGCCGGCAACUGUCCGUACAUCUGGAGUGCCAACAACCACUAUAACAUGAUCCUGCCCCUGUACAACAAGCUGAACCCUGAGGCCUCCGCCUCGCCCUGCUGCGUUCCUCAGGACCUGGAGCCCCUCACCAUUAUGUACUUCAUAGGCCGCACACCACGUGUUGAGCAACUCUCCAACAUGGUGGUCAAGUCCUGCAAGUGCCGCUGAGUUCGGAGGAAGAAGAGGUGAAUGAUAACAGGACCAGAACUACAAACUGGCUUUGUUCGGGGGGAAAAUAAAGACGAGAGGACAGAAGGAUCCUUCGUUCAUUAAUCUUCGCUGUUUGAUCACCUUUAGCAGACUUUUGAGAUGUUUUAUUUUUACGCUUCCUGAUUCAAAUAUCAGGAUUUUUCUCCCAAUCUUUACAGGCAUGAAAACUUCAUUCUUCUUGAUUCUCUGGAACUUUCCAUUUCAUAUAGGACAGUGUAAAUAUGACAACGUAGCUGUAUUAAACCUGUACUUGGAUAUUAAA